AUGGCCUUCCAAGGCACUACUGAACAGACCAUCCUUCGGGAUCCGGCGCUUUUCUAUUGGAUCUUGUUCCCAAUUUCAGUGGUCAUGAUUCUUACUGGAAUCCUGCGCCACUACGCAACAGUCCUGAUGAACACCCCCCCCAAACCCCCCGGCACUCUCGCCGAGUCGCGCGAGCGCCAUACUCUUCUCCGUGGUGUCAACCUCCGAAACCACGGAGUCGCCGUGCUGGAUCGCGAAUCCUUCGAGAUGCGCAAGAACUACCUGAUCACCGGUUUCCGGAACGGCUCUUUCCUGAAGGACCCCAAUAACCGUGGCCAGCCUCCUGCGAACCCGAUGACUGAUCCUGCAGGCAUGGAGCAAAUGAUGGGCAUGUUGAAGGGAAACAUGAUGAUGAUGAUUCCGCAGACACUGAUUAUGAGCUGGAUCAAUGCUUUCUUUUCUGGAUUCGUGAUUUUGAAACUUCCCUUCCCCUUGACUAUUCGGUUUAAGUCAAUGCUGCAGUCGGGUGUCAUGACCCGCGACUUGGAUGUAAAGUGGGUGUCCAGUUUGUCCUGGUACUUCCUCAACCUGAUGGGUUUGCAAUCUGUCUUUGGAUUUAUCUUGGGAAGUGAUAAUGCCGCCAACCAGAUGGCUCAGCAGAUGGGCAUGGCCAACCCCGCAGCUAUGAUGAACCCAAUGCAGCCCGGUCAGGACCCAGACAAGAUGUUCUUGAGCGAGGCAGAGAAUUUGGAAGUGAUGGAGCAUUUUUGCAUCUUGGAUGGAGUGGAAGAACGAGUUCUGCGGAACUUUGCCCCCGAAGUGAACUAG